AUGGUCGGAGCUGAAGCAGAACACCCAACAACAAAAGAAGAGUAUUUGCUUGGAUAUUGCUUCUCAUCAGCAUAUAUUAUCUCAAUGCUUCACUAUAGUCUUGGUUUUGCUCUUGAUGAUGGAAGAAUCGAGUUUGCAAAUAAAGCAGGAGAGAAAGAUAUACCACUAGAGUGGGCAUUGGGGCCUUUAUCCUCAAAACUUCCUCAGCCACUUUUGACAACAGUGGUUUAUCAAGAAAAAAUGCUUGGCUCGUAG